AUGGCCAUGCAUCUCCAGAAGCAGAUAGUUCAGAAAGGGUUGGCGCAAGAGCACCCAGAGGUUGGUGACGAGGUAAUUGUAGAGUACACCGGAUGGCUCUAUGAGGACUCGAAAGUUGAUAACCAGCAUAGAGGAACACAAUUCGAUAGUUCUGUGGGAAGAGGAGAUUUCAAGACGGUUAUUGGAGUCGGUAGAGUUAUUCCAGGUAUGGCCAUUUGUCUGUCUCAUGUCGAAUGA